UGCUAUGCUUCGUAUCGUGUGCAAAGUCUCAGACUCCCGCUAACAAUAAUGUCGGUUCGUUUCUAAAAUUACAGGAUGUUUAAUAUGUUAAUUGUCACAUUGUUGUAAAACAAGUUGUUCGGACGUGAAUCUCCGUAUUAAGUCACAGAAUUUUCUCGUUGCAAUGAAUCUACGCGUUUUCGUGCUCCCGUGGAAAGGGCAUCGCUGUUCAGUUAUUCUUUUUUCUCUGUGGAGCAUCGCUUCAGCCGUUACAAGAUAUUCCAUUCCGGAAGAAAUUCCAGAGGGAUCAGUAGUUACGAAUUUAGCUGCAGAUUUGGGCCUGGACGCACGUAGUCUCCCGGAACGCAAGGUAAAGCUCGAUUAUAUUCACAGUAAAAAAUAUCUGGAUAUUAACAAAGAGACGGGGGAAAUGUUUAUAGCGGAGAAGAUUGACAGGGAAUAUUUGUGUCCGGCAAAGACAUCCUCAUCCUGUUUUCUUAAAAUGGAUGUUAUUAUCGAGUAUCCAAUACGCAUCUUUAAUAUUGAACUGGAAAUCAUGGACAUAAAUGACAACUCCCCUCAGUUUAGAAGAGAACGCAUAACACUCGAUAUUUCAGAAUCAGCAACCCCUGGCGAGAGGUUUUCGCUAACCAAUGCUGUAGAUGCUGACGUUGGGGAGAACUCCAUCAAAAAAUAUUAUUUGAGUGACAGUGAUGAGUUUACUAUAGAUAUUCAGUCUGGAAGUGACGGGACUAAAUACGUGGACUUGGUGCUAAAGGACACUCUUGACAGAGAAAAGCAAGCUGUCCAUAACCUUAUACUUACUGCUGUGGACGGCGGCACACCUGCACGGUCAGGUACAGCUAGCGUCGUAGUUCAGGUGUUGGAUACCAACGACAAUUCACCACAGUUUGAUCGGCAGGUGUACUCGGUCGAUUUAAUUGAAAAUGCAUCAAUAGGUACGCUAGUUAUGCAGCUCAACGCAACAGACUUGGACGAAGGCACAAACGCCGCACUAACAUACUCGUAUACGCUAUACACGUCGGAGAAAACCCAAGAAAAGUUCUCACUAAAUCCUAAUACAGGAGAGAUCAGGGUAAAAGAUGUCAUUGACUUCGAAGAAAUUAAAAGCUUUGAUAUGUAUGUUGAAGCCAAAGAUAAUGCAGCAAACCCGCUUUCCGGGCAAUGUAAAAUAAUGGUAUUUAUUGCUGAUUUAAAUGACAAUUAUCCCGAUAUAACGAUUAAAUCUUUUAAAAAUUCAAUCAAAGAAAACGUCGCCGUAGGAACACACAUAGCUGUAAUCAGUGUUAGCGACAGGGACUCUGGAGAUAACGGCAAAGUUGAUCUCUUCAUACGUGAUGCUGCGUCAUUACCGUUCGCGCUCAACAAGUCUUCGGAGGACUACUUCUCGCUUAUUGUUAAAGAGCCGUUAGAUCGCGAGAAAGUCUCUAGGUAUGAGAUAACAUUCCAUGUUAGCGACAAAGGAACUCCCCCACUGACUGAUAACGAGACGAUCAGUUUGGAAAUUCUGGAUGUCAACGAUAACGCACCAGUGUUUCCUCAGUCAUUUUACACUAUCCACCUAUUGGAAAACAACGAACCCGGGGCACUUCUAUGUUCUCUCACGGCUCAUGAUCCAGAUUUGAAUGAAAAUCAAUAUCUGGUUUAUUUUAUCAUGGAGAGGGAAGUUGCUAACACCUCCAUGUCCAUGUUAUUCUCAAUAAAUCCCGAAACCGGUAACCUUUACGCAUUACGCACGUUCGAUUAUGAAAGGGAGAGAGGCUUUCUCUUUCACAUCGAAGCAAGAGACUCUGGUAUCCCCCCACUCAGCAGUAACGUGACAGUACACAUAAUUAUUCUUGACCAAAACGACAACACCCCUCAAAUAGUAUCUCCGUGGCGUGCACAAGGGUCCAUCAUUGAAGAGGUCAUCCCGCGGUCCACCGACAAAGGCUCGCUAAUCAGCAAAGUCAUCGCACUGGACGCAGACUCCAUGCAGAACUCCCGCAUAACGUACCAGUUCUUACAAAUCACUGACACGACGCUGUUCAGUUUGGACCAGUACAACGGCGAGAUUCGGACCACCCGCAUGUUCAGUUACAGAGAUCCCAAACAGCAACGCCUUAUUGUAAUUGCCAAGGACAACGGGGAUCCUCCUCGCUCAGCGACAGUCACCAUUAAGAUUUCCACAGUGGAACAGGUGGUCACACAGUUCACGGAGACAACUGAGGUGCCCAUAGAAUAUGACCUGUUCACAGAUUUGAAUCUUUACUUGCUGAUCGGCCUGGGGUCAGUGUCGUUUUUGCUGCUGAUCACAAUUUUGGUCAUUAUUGUGCUCAAGUGUCAGAAAACCAAACCUGCAAAAGCAGUGGCUCAGGGCCGGAACAGCAUCAUCAGCCAGAGGAGCUCGACCGUUGCCGACUCAACGCUCAUCUCAAGCGAUGCCUACUGGUACAGUCUGUUCUUGGCCGAGACCAGGAAAGGAAAGGUGGUGGUCCGACAGCCUCUACCAAAUGGCAGUGGCUUUAUUGUAUCCAGUAUACCCCGGAGUGCUCUUACUGUCACUAGCGAAUCAAGGUCUUCCACUUUACAGGAGUCCAGCAGCGAUCUACCUUAACCUCAAUCUCUUCCUUAAAGACAAUUCUUCUGAUACUACAAUCAUCUUAGCCAGGUUGGGGAACUCUUGAGAAUCCCAUUCCUAUGCACAGCUGGUCCCCCUUGGAACGUCUCAUCCGACUGGGAAAAAAAAACAAAAAAACAAAACAUUGCUGAAAAUUCCACCAAAUUGACUAUAAAACUGUAGCGACAUCAAGAAUCACUUUGCAUGGCUGACUGACUUAAUAUGAUAAAACUGAGUAAAAUGCCCAUAUAGAAUGAGUGGGUGGGGAGUUGACCUGGAGAGGAGGAGACUAUUUUCAGCAGAGGAAAAACAGAACUUUCAAGGAACUCUCAACCCUUGAGUUUCACCACCUCUUUGGACAGUAUGGACACAGUGAGUGGCACAGUAACAGUCAUGCCCUCCUGACGAAGCCCACUGAAUACAAAUACACCUCAGUGUGUUCUGCAUGCCAACUAUGAAUGCUAAACUAGGCCCUAAUUCAUUUAUAUCAAUUUGGAUCAGAACUGCACAGUUUCCUAAACCUAAGCCAUAUGUGAAGUUUCACUAUGGCUGCAUACACAUGCAGAAAUGUCUGUAAUCAGCUCAUUUUUUAAUACAGUGCAUAUGGCUUAAAUAUGGUAUGUGGAUCUGGAAAGAAAACAAAACAACCAUACUGUAUACUAUGAACUAGUUAUAUGCAGUCAUUGAUUAGUGUAUCAAUUGGCAAGUGUCAUAUUAUUUCUCUGCUGACAUCAAAAAUGGUAAAGUAAUAUUCAGCAUGUACUUAUGAUGAAAUGCUUGGACUAUAUCUCAGGUCAGCUAAGAGUUAACGCUACUCCUCAUCUCUGCCAGCAUAAUAGAUGAACUACCUGCAUUCAUAUCCACGGUGCAUACAUCUGUCAGGGAUCUAUUACUCUUAAUCUUUAGUGCUGAUUUCAUACUGCUGUAUACAGUAUUUAAAGAACCAGUUUCCUGUACUUGGGUUAAGUCUAGUCUUAGACUAAUUUGCAGCUCAAGUUUUGCAUCAUUAUUGGAUUUCUUUUUAGUCUACUUUUAGGCUUAACCUCUGUGUGGGAAACCGUUUUAUCGAGUAUACCUUAAUAAAAGUCACUGCUUCCAGUGAAUUUUCACCUCACUGAAACUGCCCAUCAAAUCUGUGUAGGGAGAGUGUGUUGGAAUGACUCAUCUAGCCAUACACAGAGCUGUAAGUAGCUGCAAGGGGUUAAAGAAGCAAUGAGUAGCUCUGCCAGGGCACCAAAAUGACUGGUUAUACAUUGUAAGUGUGGACCCUAAUCUGGUGAGUGAGGGCUUGAUUUGUCCACAGUAAGGACAAAUCAUUCUAAACACCUUCUAUUUUAACUAAGUGGAUAGUUUUGCACUGCCUCACUGCUUAAUCCAACUGAAAGUACACCGUUAGCCAAAUUUGGGGUUGUUUUAGGAAAAUUUGUUGGAAAAUUGUUAGGAUAUUUGUUUUUUUUUAUCAAGGCAAAAUGCACAUAGAGUACAUUGCACACAAAUUAAAAAUACAUUGCAUCCUGUUUCGAAAUUUCUGUUCAGUUGCACUGUAUUUGUUUAAGGAAAUAUGUGCACAUUUAGAUCCCAUUAUAACAGGCAUCAUAAACAUGCAAAAAAAUUAUACACGUACAUACAAAAAAUCAAAACCUUUGCUAUCAUGUUUAAUUGUUUUGAAAAUGACAUCUACAGAUAAUGCUGUACUUCAUUCAUUCAGAGUAUGUAUUUUUGGUAAUCAAGUUUUAACUUUUAGCCUGUAACAACCCAUGUAAUCAGUCAUGUGGUCAGGAGUGAGCCAAAAAGAUAUGAUGAAUUAGAGAAAUAGCUAAAUGCUACUCAUUGUUUCUUUAUAAAUUAUUAGACUGUUUUUUAUAUAAAGAACUGUUCUACUGAAAAAUACUCUGUUUAGUUUUUUUGGGUAUUGGGUAAUAAGAUUUUACAAAUUUAUAUUGUUUUAUAUGGUAUAUGAAAGUCAGUCUCUUAACAAAACAAAAUGUAUUAUUUAUAUUGCUGCUUCUAGUGUUAUGUGUCAAGUGAAUCAUGUUCUGAAUUGUAUCAGUGCUGCAACACUGGCCAAGCUGACAAAUCUUGCCAUCUGAAAUAUUCUAUCUCACGAACUUUAAAACUGUGAGGAAUUUUGUAACUUUAUACUGAAAAUGCCAGCUGUUUUCAGUAUGUUGUGAGGCAGAAAGAGUGACAGUCAGGUGCAAAAGGCAAAAACAGGGAGAAAAUCAGGAUGAGAACUUGUUGGAGAGACUGUAGUAGAAAUGUGGGUAACUUGUCUCAGUAGUGAUAUGUGUGCAGAAUCUAGACAGAAAGGAGAGGAACCAGCCUGGAACAAGGACACAGCAGCACCUAUCUUUUACUCUGAACACUUGCUUCCUUGUUCCCCAACACUGUGCUUUCACAUAUGAGUGCCACCCACGUCCUUGGAAGGAUAAAGUACACUAACAAAAGAACAGACAAGAACGAAAAAUGUGUGCCUUUUUGUACUGUAUGCUAUGAGAAAGCACAGAAAUGGUGGCGCUUCGUCUGGAGCGUCAUGUGGAGCUGGACUGAUGUGGCUCACCAGCUGGACACGCUUAGAAUUAUUAAUGCCAGAGAGAGCCAGAGGAGAUGUAGGUGACCCAAGGAUCCUACUCGGAAUGACAUCCGAAUUUAAAAUGUUCCAUUUAGACUAACAGAUGCUUAGCUUUUCCUAAUUCACUAGAGGGGAAUCCUCUACAUUGUUAAUACAUUGUUACAUUGCUUGAAUUUCAGUGUUCUCUCAAACCCGAGUAUUCAUUUUCAUUUGUAAGGCUCAUUUCUCUAUGUACAACAUACGUACUGCACCUCUAAGACAUUCAGGGCAGCCUGCAUUCAGUACCCAGUGACAUGUUUACCAGCGGAUGUAUAGAUGGAUGCUUGCCAUUGGAUAAAGACAUUUUCUUUUUACAGAAUUGGUAUUAUAGUGUCACUGUUUACUAAAUGUCUUUCUUGUAAAUACAGCAACAUUAAUAAAGGAUUUAAACCAUG